AUGGAGGGGGCCGUGGAGGGGACGGCUGCUGUGACGAUGGAGGUGGAGGUGGCGAUGGAGGGGGCCGUGGAGGGGACGGCUGCGGUGGCGGUAGCUCAGGCCAUGGAUUGCUUGCCGGCCGCUGGGAGAGCGGAGAGCGACCCGCCAGCUCCCAGCAUCCUUUGCCCAGACACGAUGACUGCGGAAUUCCUGGCUCAGGAGAAAAUCUGGUUCGACAAGCUCCGCUUCGAUGAGGCGGAGUGUCGCUUCUACGAGAGAAUGAAUGGCCCCGCACAGCCUUCGCAGGAGACUGGAGCUAAUACCAUACUGCAGGACAUUGCCCGAGCUCGCCAGAAUAUCCAGAAAUCUCUAGCAGGAAUGAAGACAUCUCUACAGACUGGAAGAGGGCGUUCCCGCACCCCCCAAAAUCGGCGUUCCCAGCCUGGUGUGGCGUGUGGAGCCGGGGACCAGGGCGAGCUCAUCACACGCAUGAGAAGCCUGGAACUGGAGAACCAGAGCCUGCACAAAGUGGUGGAGGACCUGCGCUCAGCUCUCUCUAAGUUGGAGUCCAGAGUAGCGCUUCUGGAGAAGAGGCCGACAGCAUCUCCAGCACCGGCUUCAACAGCAGCUCCCAGCUGCACCAGGACUGCCCCUGUCCAGCAGCCAAAGGUCCGCGCCCCGGUGGAGGAGGAAGAUGACGAUGAUCUGGACCUGUUUGGCAGCGAUGAAGAGGACGAGGAGGCGGAGAGAAUUCGCGAGGAGCGGUUGAAAGCGUACGCUGAAAAGAAGGCCAAGAAGCCCGCCCUCAUCGCCAAGUCCUCCAUCCUGCUGGACGUCAAACCAUGGGACGAUGAGACGGACAUGGUGAAGCUGGAGGAGUGUGUGCGCUCUGUCCAGGCGGACGGCCUGCUCUGGGGCUCCUCCAAGCUUGUCCCAGUGGGCUACGGCAUCAAGAAGCUGCAGAUCCAGUGCGUGGUGGAGGACGACAAGGUGGGGACGGACAUGCUGGAGGAGGAGAUCACCAAGUUCGACGACUACGUCCAGAGUGUGGAUGUCGCUGCUUUCAAUAAAAUAUGAGCGCUUCGCCCUGACUCCGCCCCCCUGCCUUGGCUGCUGAUGAAGACGACGAUGAUGAUGAUGAUGUUUGUGACGGUUACCAAUAAAGAGCUGAGCUCUGUGAAAAGGC